GCUCGUUCGUCGACAAAGGUGUCGUCGUCAAACACAUCGCUGAUUCUUAUUAUCUCGAAACUGCGAAGAUGAAGUGGCUCGCUCUAUCUUUGGCUCUAGCCGUGCCUUCCCAGGCCGCGCUUCGAUUCGGAUGUUCCACUCUGACCAUCCAGCGUCUCGACCCUCUCGUGGAGCCCGGUGUAGUUCCCUCGGCUCACCUUCACCAGAUCGUCGGUGGUAAUGCCUUCAACGCGUCGAUGGAUCCUGCGGCCGGCGACAUUGGUGACAAAGGUACAUGCACCACGUGUACCUUCUCUGAGGAUUUCUCGAACUACUGGACCGCCGUCAUGUUUUUCAAGCACCCGAACGGAACUUACAAGAGAGUCCCUAUUAUGCAGAACACCGCUCUGCCUAACGGUAUCAACGGAGGAAUGACGAUAUACUACACACAACAGGACUUCUCGUCGAACGGUAACCAGAAGAUCACCGCCUUCAAGCCCGGUUUCCGAAUGACAGUCGGAACACCUACAUCGACGAGCAAGUUCGGCCCCGGCCUGAAAUUCGUCUGCCUGCAAAACAAGGGCACUCGAUUCCCCGAACUCGACGACUUCCCGACCCAGCCAUGUGCCGGCGGUAUCAUGACUGUUCACCACUUCCCUGCAUGCUGGGAUGGCAAGAAUCUCGACAGCCCCGACCACCAAUCUCACAUGUACAACACCGUCAAGGACGCGUUCCAGAACUCCGGUCCUUGCCCAGCGUCGCACCCCGUCCGCGUCCCCCAGGUCGCCUACGAGACCCUCUGGGACACGACCCAGUUCAACAGCAUGUGGCCCACGGACGGCUCGCAGCCGUUCACCCUCAGCUACGGCGACAACAAGGGCUACGGCACCCACGCCGACUACGUCUUCGGCUGGAAGGGCGACGCGCUCCAGAAGGCUAUGGACUCGCCGUGCAUGUUCAACGCCUGCGAGAACGGAAACCCGCUGGCGUCGCAGGGCGUCGCUCAGAUGAACCAGUGCACUGUCCCGAAGACGGUCGACGAGGACAUCGACGGAUGGCUUACUUCCCUCCCCGGCAUGUAAACGUUGUGAAGUGAUAAGGAGGAGUUGGACGGAAAAGAGAUCAAUCGGAUCGUUAAUCGAAGUGUUCCUGUUCCGACCUAUCGGCGCUCGUACUCCUCGUUAACCCAAGACUGCUAUAUACCAACGCUGGAAGGAGCGUGUUUCGUUUAAAGGGGCCACCGAGGCGUAGUCUAAUAGAGCGGUGGUAGCUAUCCUUCAUUAGAGCUCAGCUUCUAAGUUUUAAAUCAAAUUCUUUUAGCUGAUUCGAAAGGUCCGAGUAUUAUUCUACCGUCUUCAGGUGGUUCCUGAUUCGUGAAGAUGUCAGGGGCUGCUCGUAUAGUGGGCAACUUAUCACGUAUCAACUAGGUCAGACUUAACUUCGCAGUACAAGAUAAAUCACCUAUUCUUGAUAUAACGCGUUUUUAUUCAUCCUUAGACAGACUUCGGAUUGUGAUUCCUUAUUAGGCUAAUGGUAGAAGCCCAUUAGUAUGGCGAAUCAUCGAGGAACUCAUGUUAAAAGGACUCGAAUUUGUCGAACUGUCCAGAGAAUUCGUCUCGGCCAUUCGAUAUGAUCAGCCCCACGACCAAUGGUCUUGACAUUUGAGAGCCAUAUCAAGUCAUCAUGAUCAGGGUUUAUAGGGGACUGGUAGACGAGCUGUUAGCAACGAGAUAUGGUAGAUAGGCUUCUUCUAAAGAAGUAACCAACCAGACAUAUUAUUAGGUCAUAACCC